AUGAAGCGCCCUCUUGAGAUCCGGAUGAUCCCCCUAUUCCUCGCGUUCCAUGCAUUGAUCCCUCCAGCCCUGUCCGUGGUCUGCUACAACCCCGAUGGCACGAGCAGUGCCCCUGGCGACACUGAAUAUGGCUACUGUCCCUACUCGAACGGCGGAGUCCAAAUGUGCUGUGCUCUAAACCGUGCCAAUCCCUCCGGAGGCAACUUCAGUGACGGUAAUACCGCGGACAAAUGUCUCCCAAAUGGCCUCUGCAUGAAUAUCGGCAUCAACGGCGGCUCGGCAAACAUCACGACGUACUUCCGCGAUCUUUGCUCUCAGACGGACUGGGAUAGUGGGUGCUUGGAUGUUUGCACUGAUACCAGUAAACACGGAAUAUCUAACGGAACAAUCCGGAUGACCCCCUGCGACGGCACCAAAACCUCAACCUACUGGUGCUGCGGCGACAGCGACGACUGCUGUGGCACAGCUGACCAGGUCAAGAUAGACCCCACGUUCGCGUCGUCGACGGCCGCGACUACAAGUCUUAGUGCAACCUCCACCUCAACGUCGACUUCGGAUCAACCCAUAUUCAUAUCAAGCGGCCUAUCCGUAGGCGCCAAGGCCGGAAUCGGCGUCGGCGUUGGCGUGGGUGUUAUCGUCGUUGCCAUACUUGUCAUCGCUCUGGUCAUGAGACGCAGGAAACGUAAUGCGCCCUUGCCGGCUCCGGAAUAUUCGAAUUUGGGAUUAUCGCUUGCGCCGAAAUCCCCGGGAAAGAAUGGGCCGUCUAUGGCCCAGACGUCUUCUGAUCAGCCUUCGCAUGAGGGUUAUGAUACUACGAGCUAUUCCGGGACUGGCCGUGAUGGUGUUGUAGUUGAGGCUGAUGCCGUCUCGACUACACGGUUUGAGAUGCCUGGUUAG